GGCAAGUACACUGUGCAUGCCGACGUUUACACCAAAGACGAUAAGCAUGUUACCUGCCUUCAGGCCCGUAACAUCGAGUUCAAGGCGGGCUUUAUGUGAAAGCUGGCUCGGUACUUCUGAGUACAUGGCCGCGAUGCAUAAUUUAGCGCUGUUGACGCUGGAUGUCCUUGCGUUUUAUCGCCCAUAACGAGCUGACGUUACUACUUGCAUAUGUUAUCGUUUUGUUUCUCCGCUUGCCACUACUUAAGCCCGCCUUUAUCCUCGAGCCUCACAGUGACAUGCCAAUGUUUACGAAAGCCAUGCCACGCUCUACGAUUGCUGCUAACAUUUCGUUGCGCUACGUCUUCAACGGUGUUUUGGGUCUUGGUUUAGUGCCACAUAUUGUAGUCCAUCCUUAUCACUGUUAUUAUAAUCCGUGACCUUCUUUUACUGGCAUUACCUAGCAUCUGUACUAAAAUGCAUUUAAAACAUUGAUCCCAUUGACGGCAGAGCCCAUGGAACGUGCUAGUAAGUAGCCAGGCUUGAUGACCAGCGUAGCGAAAGCCCUGGUACGAGUGGCCUCUGUGAACUUGGUGUUGUG